AUGGUUACGGUGAAAACGGAUCAUAAGCCGCUAGUGAAUGUGUUCCGAAAGCCUCUGUUGUCAGCGCCUCGUAGACUGCAGCACAUGUUGCUGAACCUCCAAAGGUACAAUUUGCGAAUCGAGUACGUCACAGGAAAGGACAACGUAGUGGCAGAUGCGAUUUCGCGAGCUCCUUUGGCUGAGUGUCCUGAAGAAGACUGCUUCCGAAAGGCUACUAUUUGUGAAGUGUUCCGGAAGAUUGAAGAAGUCCAGCUGUCAUCGUUCCUCAGCAUUUCGGAAGAUAACAUCAAGGAAAUUGCCGAAGAAACAUCUCAGGAUCUAACGCUGCAAGCAAUUAUGUCACACGUGCAUUCUGGCUGGCCGAGGUCUAUAUCGCAAGUGCAGGAAGGUGUAAAAGUUUAUUUCAAGUACCGGAAUGAACUUUCAACACAGGAUGGAAUGCUGUUCCGUAACGAUCGGAUUGUGAUUCCAUAUUCCCUUCGUAAAAAGAUAACUGAUAAAGACCAUGUGAGCCACAACGGCACUGAGUCAACGCUAAAACUAGCACGGGCGAACGUGUUCUGGCCUGGCAUGAGUGCGCAGAUUCGCGAGGCCGUGAAGGAAUGCGCGAUUUGUGCCAAAUAUGCUCCAUCACAACCACCAGCUCCGAUGCAGACACACCCUAUACCAGUCCACCCUUUCCAAAUCAUAUCGAUGGAUGUGUUUUUCGCCGAAUACCGUGGUGACAAAAGGAAGUUCCUCGUCACGGUGGACCACUAUUCGGAUUUCUUCGAAGUGGAUUUACUGAAGGACCUUACACCGAGAUCCACGAUUGCAGUGUGCAAAGUCAAUUUCUCUCGUCACGGCCGACCUCAACUGGUUGUGACUGACAACGGGACAAACUUCGCAAGUCGUGAAUGGAAGCAAUUUUCUAGUGAUUGGGAUUUUCGUCACACUACUUCCGCUCCAAACCACCAACAAGCAAAUGGAAAAGCGGAGGCUGCGGUGAAGAUCGCCAAACAGCUCUUGAAAAAAUGCUCGGACUCUGGUACAGACUUCUGGUACGCGCUAUUACACUGGCGGAACGUACCAAAUAGAAUCGGUUCCAGUCCAGUGCAGCGUUUGUUCUCGCGUCAAACAAGAAGUGGUCUUCCAACAUCGAUAAAAAACCUGAUGCCUCGUGUAGUGGAAGACGUACCUGAAUCCAUUGAGGUCAACAGAAAGAAGUCGAAGCAGCAAUAUGAUAGGAAGGCCAAAGUUCUACCUGAUCUGGAAGUGGGGGCACCAGUCUAUGCCCAGCUGAACCCGGAUUCUUGCAAACAAUGGACUCCAGCAAUUGUAUCUCAACGGCAAAGCGACAGAUCCUUCGUUGUCGAUGUGGAUGGAUCCAGCUAUCGAAGGGAUCGUAAACAUCUGAAGCUACGUAAUGAACAUCUAACGCCAUCAAGGUCUCGCUCGACUCCGGAUGUUUCUGAGUUGUCAGAUCCGAAACCAUCAGCCACCACUAACGAACAGACACCAUCGAGGAUUACGUAUCCCGAGUACAUUCCGCACGAGAAUCCUUCAUCAGCGACUCGGAAUGAAGCCAACAGGGAGCCAUCGUCAGUAGAACGUCCAACGAGCGCUGCCCCUCUAGCGCCAGUGUCGAAGUCUACUCCACUUGCCAGCAGUUCUCAAGUGGACACACCUCGACGUCCAAGAAGAGAAGUGAAAGCGCCAGCUAAGUUUAAAGAUUAUCUUUUAGAUUUUGAUUAA